AGGGAGCAUUCCGGAACUGCAGACUGCCUCAAAGGAGGUACGGUCAUCAACUCCUCUCCUCUUCGACGCCUUGAAGACGCCGGCACCAGCCACGGGGACAUCGUGCGCCGCUUGCACCUUCGUCUUGGGGCUAAAGCGAAAAUGGGAGCGCGAGCGUGGAUCUUCCCGACAGUCUUCCUAGCAUUGUUGAUCGCGGUUCUCUUUCAAAGGCACUGCGUCCAGGCAAUGAUCGAAGCCCAAGACAUUAUAUUCACCAACAUCACGUCGCCAUCGAUAUACAACAAGCGAGUAAGGCCCUCCUACGCAAUAGGUGUUCCUGUUGUCGUCAACACCAGCAUAGACCUCUACAGCAUGGCAUCCACGAAUGACCUCCACACUGAGUACACGGCCAAUCUGCGACUACGGCUGACGUGGUACGACCAGCGGCUGAUCUACGACGCCGACUCACUGCAGCCGGACUCGCGCAUCCAGGGUGACCAUUGGCAUGCCGAGCGGCUCUGGCUGCCCAGCGUCGAGGUUACCAACACGAUCAGCUAUGGCCCGGCCGCCGGCCACUUGGAGUCAUCCACGGCCCCUGGUGCCACCUCGAUGUUGGUCAUCGUACUGCCCGACGGGACGGUGCACCUCAUCAGGAAACUGAAUCCCAAGCUGACAUGCGAGAUGGAAUUCCACAAGUACCCGCUGGACAAGCAACGUUGCAGCCUGAAAAUACAGAGCAGCACGCUGUCGACUAGCAAUAUGGUGCUUAACUGGGACACGGAAGAGUCCUUGCAGUUCAGUCAGAACUUUGCCGUCACGGGCUUCCAGAUGCUCGAUUUCAACUGCUCAAGCCACGUCAGCAACUUCGGCAAAAUAGGCAACUUCUCAAUGAUCAUGUGCGAGUUCGCACUGAAGCGCGACUUCGGACCCUUCCUGCUGGAGAUCUACAUCCCGGGCAUCACUUUCGUCAUCACCUCGUGGUUCUCGCUGUGGAUUGACAUCCCGGCAGCGCCGGCGCGUGUGACCCUCGCCAUGACAACCUUCCUUACUCUCGUCACUGGCGGCAAGUCCAUCCGCGAAAAGCUACCUAAGGUUCCCUACGUACAUGCCCUUGACGUCUGGUACCUCGCCUGCACCGGAUUCGUGUUCUUCAUCCUGCUGGAGUACGCCAUGGUUAACUACAUCUACCACAAGGACAACCGCCGGCGCCAGGGAGGCAUGCGUCGCAUCGAGAGCCAAGCCUCGUUGGCUUCCGGCGGGGGUUCACUGAACGGAAGCACCUACAUCAACGUCAUCAGCGCGCUGGAGCAAGCUCAGCACCAGCACGGAGGCCUCACUCCGGGCCAGAGCGCUAAGGGCCAGUGCGCGGUGCAGAUCAAGUACAAGAAGAACAACAACGGCAAUCACAAGACGGGGGGUCCCACCGUGCUCAGGCUGACCGACCUUGAGCCGCAUUCGUUGCCAGAACUGCCGGACACGCCACCACACUCGCCGAUGUCGGUGCGCUCGUUCGCGGGCGACGAGCCACCCUUUGUGUGCACGCUCAUCACUCCGCUGACGCCACGCGACAUUGCCAACGGCAUCGACCGCCACUGCCGCUACAUCUUCCCACUGGCAUUCAUCGUCUUCAACGCCAUCUACUGGUUAGUCCUGACGUCGUCUUGAGCGGUUGAAGCUGACCCGCGACCAUGAAUCGUACCCGUUGUAUACAGGGUUCAUCAUCCUCAAAGUCAUUCGCUGAAUAAUGCCGAGAUAGACAAGAGCCUUGCAGCGAUGCAGUGUUCAUGAACUGCAUGGGCAUCAACGCUUGGGAUUUGUCGCAUUCACUAAUAUCCACUUGGCCGUCCGCACGGCGCGCCAAACAGAGAUGAAGACGUGCCAACUGUUACACAGUUCUCCCCAGGAAAAAGGCAUCACAAUGGCAGUUCGUGGCGAAGACAGAUGGAACAGCUUACAUCGUUUCCAUAUCCUUGGACAUGACUGUGGGUGCCGCUGCAGUUGAAAAUGUUUCUACACGAAGAUUAUAUGUCGGCAUUGUUAGUUAUUUUUCGCAAUCAACACAAUCUUCUGGGUCGUCUUGGCUUCGUCAGGAACAUAAGUGGCGAAGUGUUCAUUGCGCAUAUAUAUGAUUGUGCUCAACGGCCGCACAACUCCGCGGCGUUCGUUGUCACCAGCUAACCUCAUUUUGAGAAGAGUUGACUACAUGCUAACAUCAAGUGUUUUGCUGCUUCGUAUUCCCACUUGCGCUAGUCAUCUUCGACACCGUAUACUAGGUGAUGUCGACUACAACGUGAGGGCAAGAGUGUUGAUGACUGAUACUUAUUAGUGGUUCCAACCAGUGUCAAGAACUGGCGAAAAUGGGCCAGUGCCAGGCCUUGACUGUCGCCUGACAAACGAGCAUUUAUUACAGUGAACAUCCCUGUCUUAUUUCUCUCACUCUCUUUUACAUGACGCGACUGCUGAAGGUUUUGAAAUGCUUUCCUUCAUCCAAGAGCAUUUCGGACUAGUUCCCGUUACACCCACUGACGGGAUGUUUCCAUGACAACGGCGCGCAUAAUGCGCACAUGUAGGUUUCAUUGUUCCUAUGUGAGCCUAUGGGUCCGCAAUGUAUACAGGACUUACGAAGAGCUGUUUCUACAUUUUUAUUGCGUUUCCUGCGUCCACGUGGAAGCCACAAAAGAAGGAAACUUAUACGUAUGGUGGAAAGUAUAUUUUCGUUAGGGUGAACCGUUUGUCGUAGUAUAUGUUGCGGUGCACAGUACUGUCAUUCAUGGCGAAUAUUCGGACCAAGCAAUAUUCAAACCUAUUUUCACAAUUGACAGAGUGUGAAAAUGCGACAUCAUUUCAAUUUCCUUAGGCAUGAUCAAAAGAUCUGUUACAAGUGGAAAACAGUCUGCUAGGAAACGUAUCUGAACUUUUAGCUCUAACAGAAAAGCAUUGAGCUACCAGAAGCUUUGUCCUUUUCUAGAGUAGCAACCCUGAAGAAGUUGCUGAACAAUUAACAGAAGUUUCAAAAUUUUGCUAAUAUGGAAAAAAUAAACUCGUCAGAAAGGGUUCGUACGUGCAGGGCUCACUAAAGAUCUCAUAUUGUUACCAACUUGCUUAGCUGUCUACCAGACAAGCGGUCACACGGAAUCAAGCUCGUCUACACACAGUGUAAAAUAAAGUGAUCGCUGACUCGGUUGUGUAACAUGACCUAUGAACAAGCCCCACGAGUUUUUGCAAGAACACGGUAUAAGAGGGAAAAAAGGAGAGAGAGAAAAGGCUCCUUAGUGAAGAGCCGUCUCCUACCAGCUCUGGAACAACAGUCGUAAGCAUUUACUCGCGCCAUGACUUUAUGAAGUGGCAUUACUCCGUUUGUUUAUUUAUUCAUUUACCGAUUUUCCCAUACUGGGAUAGCCGACAAAGCAAGUUGGCACGAGAGGAUCUAGUAACGCAAAGAAAGCCUUUAUCCGCAUGGGUUCCGUGGUAUUAAGAUUCACAGGACACCAGCAUGUGCUCAAGAUAUUUUCAUUUUGAGAGAAGGCUCUUGGCCUCAACCGUGCUGACUACUUAUUAAUCAAACGCACAUUUGUCAAACAUGAAGGUUGUUCUUCGAAGGACUUGUAUUUAGACGCGAUUUUUUUCGUUUGGUUGUGACUUUUGUUUGUGUUUAACUCAUACAUGUGUCCGCGUUCAUAUGUUUCAUUGACUGUAGGUAGCAUAAUGUGCAAAAUAAAGACUUGCACACAAA